AAACAGAUGAAUUAGGUUAUAUUGAUCUCCUUACUUCUUAUGUAAGUUAAAUAUUCUAUGUAGUCAAACAUUGGGAUAAAACAAUGAAAAGGAAUCAAAUUCGACAGGAAAAAAUAAUGAUGUAUGUAUAUAUGCUUUUCUUGGAAGUUUAUAGGAUUGAGAAUGCGAAGUUUAUAAUUCUGUUAAUAUUUUUGGCAUUGAUCUGUCGUUAUUUGUAUACAAGGAAGGUUAUAUAAAGGAUCGGGGAAUUGAUUAUUAGUCUUAAAAUACUUCAUUAGAGCUAAGCACAAUAGCCAAUUCCAGAAAACGAUGAAUACUAUAAAAAAGGUAUUGUUGGUAAUGGGAUUGUUGUUAGGUUCGAUUGUUAAGCAGGUGAGGAGAGUGGUGAAAUAUUUAAAAAGCAAAUUCAACAGAAUAAAUGAAUCGUAAGUAGAUGUUUCCAAGAAAUAUAGCCAAUUUGAUAUGGAGGAAUCUAUUUGAUUAUUUACAAUGAUAUAUAAUAUAC